GAGCUUCCGUUAAUUGAUUUACAAGUAGGAAGUCUUGACGAAUGCACACAUCUUUAAAACGUCUGAAUGACGAUUAUGUUUGUACCAAUAACAUUUUAGUCCCUCCUCGAACAAAACAUGGUUCCAAGUCUUUUUCAAUGUUUGUUUCUCCAGCUAGUUUAAGCGUGGCUGCCUUAAAAUAUCUUGUGAGCCCGGCGUAAAAUUUGUCCAACUAGGCUUUCCGUACAUGUUCUGCUGUAGAUUUACUUCCGCAUACGUUUUUUUACGCACAUGCACGCCUUCACUAUCUUCCCCAAUCCUUAUCAAAUUAACGAUCUGAGGCCUCGACACAGGAUGGCCAUUAUUACUUUACUGCACUAAGACAUCAUUUAUUCAAUCUUCAUGUCCGGUUAGACGCUUCUUGGUGGACGUUGAAGCUUGUCGGCAUAACUUAGCUUAACCUAGUUCCGCCUAGCUUAGUUUGCUAUAGCUGCGAACAAAGAAACGCGCUUGUGUCACUUCGCGUAAUGAAAAGUGUUGUGUUUGUCGCGUGAGAAUGUGUACAAGAAAUAAAUCAGAUUACGAAGAACUUUAUGGAGCAGAAGAGGAGCUGAAGCGACGACGUCAACAACUCGGUGCUGAUUGCAGGCUUCAGCAGUCUCAAGUAGCAGAUGUCACUGGGGAUCGUAGUCCCGAAUGGCACGAUCCAGAGUCUCGCCACAUUAAGGAGGAGGUGGAGGAUGACGAGCCUCAGUACCUUAAAGAAGAGGAGACAGAGCCCGCCCACAUUAAUGAGGAUGAGGAAGACUAUCUGCACAUUAAAGAGGAGGAGGAAGAUAUCACUAAGUUGCAAUUGACUGACGUCUCUUUGAAGAGUGAAGAUGAAGGUCAAAGUGAGGAGGACUGGGGGGCGGAGCCUCUAAGUAGCAGCUCAAGUCAACACAUGACAUCAGAAGGUGAUGGAGACUACUUUGGAGGAUCAGAGGGAGAUAGCCUCUUAGCUCCACUAUCAGAUAGUGACAACCUAACGUCUCACACUCCUGACCCUGAUGAUGACGACAAAAAGUCUGAGGUUCAUAAACCUCACACUGACGCCAAAUACUGGGAAUGUACUCUGUGUGCGAAAAGCUUUGCUUAUAAGUGUGUUUUAAAGCGACACAUGAAAAUACACACUGGAGAGAAACCUUUUUCCUGCUUAGUUUGUGGUAAAAGAUUCUCUCAAACGACUCAUUUGGCAACACAUACAAGGACACACACUGGGGAGAAACCUUUUUCCUGCUCCGUUUGUGGUAAAAGAUUCUCUCAAACAACCCAUUUGACAACACACAUAAGAACACACACAGGUGAAAAGGGUUUUUCCUGUUCAGUUUGUGGUCAAAGAUUUACACGAAGAGCCAAUAUGACAGCACACACAAGAACCCACAACCUCUUAGCUCCACUAUCAAAUCUUGAUGACACAGCAUGUAACAUUAAUGAAGAUGAACUGUCUGGAAGAGGUAUGACACGUCACACUGACAACAAACCCUGGGAAUGUUCUCAGUGUGGGAAAACAUUUCCUUGUAAGAGCAGUUUGACGAAACACACAAGAACACACACAGGGGAGAAACCUUAUAUCUGUUCAGUUUGUGGCAAAAGAUUCUCUCAAACAACCCAUUUGGCAACACACACAAGAACACACACUGGAGAGAAACCUUUUGCCUGCUCCAUUUGUGGUAAACGAUACUUCCAAGGAAGUCAUUUAACGACACACAUAAGAACGCACACUGGGGAAAAACCUUUUGUUUGCGCAGUCUGUGGACUCAGAUUCUCUGAAAAGGGAAACCUAAUAAUACACACCAGAACACACUCUGGUGAGAAAUCUUUUGCCUGUUCAGUUUGUGGUCAAACAUUCUCGAGAAAGGAAAGCUUAAAGACACACACAAGAACUCACACUGGUGAGAAGCCUUUCACCUGCUCAGAUUGUGGUAAAAUAUUCUCACGAAAGGGAAUUUUAAGAAUACACAGACGAACCCACACUGGUGAAAAACCUUUUAUUUGCUCAGUUUGUGGUCAAGGAUUCAGUCAGAAGGGGAGCUUAAAACAACACACGAGAACCCACACUGGUGAAAAGCCUUUUGCCUGUUCAGUUUGUGGUCAAAGAUUCUCUCAGAAGGGUCAGGUUAAGAGACACAAGUGUGCUGGUGACAAUAGAAGUGAUAAAUGAACCUUCUGAAAAGGGAACUAAAGAGAAGAUGUCAAAACUGUGUUGUAAUAAGUAAGGAUUUCCAAAGGUGGCCCGGAAGCUGCCCAGCCGGUUUCAUCACAAAAGACUCCUAAUCAAAUUCCAAGUUCUUUUGUUUGGUCAAUGAUCUCAUCCCAAAAUAAAACCCUA